GCGGAGGAGCUCUGCGAGAGAGCGUGAUCUUCAGCAGCCCAUUGCUGCAAAUACUUACUGUCAACGGGUUUGGGACAUCUUCCGUCCUUGUUGUCACUGUGCAUUGGUCAUUGGGUUUCAGCUCUGUGCAGUAUGGCUGGUAGAGCUGUGUUGACUUGUACUUUAUUGCUGGGAAUCGCAGUCACCGUGAGCCUUCUGGAAGAAGCGCCUCCUAAAAAAAUAGCUGUAGUUGGUGCAGGAAUUGGAGGAUCAUCAGCUGCCUAUUUCUUUAGACGGGAGUUUGGCCACAAUGUUAAAAUUGAUGUCUAUGAGAAGGGCACUAUUGGAGGUCGACUAGCAACAGUAACUGUAAAUGGUCAGCAAUAUGAGAUUGGAGGCUCAGUGAUUCACCCUCUCAACCUUCACAUGCAAGAUUUUGUUAAACAUUUAGGGCUGAAGCAUAGAAAAAAUGUUCCAGAGAAAGUGGCACUAUUCAAUGGGGAAGAGUUUGUAUUCGAAGAAACUGAUUGGUACCUCCAGGAUCUGUUUAAAAUGUGGUGGCGAUAUGGCUUUAGUUUACUACGUCUGCAAAUGUGGGUGGAAGAGAUUGUGGAGAAGUUCAUGAGGAUCUACAAGUAUCAGGCCCAUGGCUAUUCCUUCAGUACAUUGGAAGAAAUGCUGCAGUCAUUGGGUGGGGAUCGUUUUAUUAACAUGACACGGCGACCUGUGGCAGAGACCCUGCAGGAACUAGGAAUCUCCCAGCGCUUCGUUGAUGAAGUAGUCUCUGCUAUUACGAGAGUAAACUACGGGCAGUCAGUAACCAUUCCUGCAUUUGCUGGAGCAGUAUCGAUAGCAGGGGUCCAAGCUGGCCUUUGGGCAGUGGAAGGAGGAAAUAAACUGGUUUGUUCCCAGUUACUUGAUUCAGCAAAAGUCAAUGUUGCCCACACCACAGUGACUUCAAUUUCUCUGCACUCAUCAGGAGAUAAGUCCCUUUAUCAACUGAAGUAUGAAAAUGAAGAUGAAGGCGGCUAUGAUUUCUAUGACAUUGUGGUGAUUGCGACGCCUUUACAUCGGGAAACCUCGAAUAUUACCUUUAAUGACAUGACACCACCAGUAACACAUUUUCCUGGUCACUACCAACAUAUGAUUGUUUCUAUAGUGCAUGGUUACCUCAAUUCUUCGUAUUUUGGGUUUCCAGAUCCCAAGCUGUUUCCGUUUGCAGCAAUUGUAACGACCGACAGCCCAAAGCUUUUUAUGUUUAGUACAAGCAGUAUUUGCCCAGUGAAUAUCACCAGUAAUUAUAGAAGAAAACAACCACAGGAAGCUGCUGUAUGGAAGGUUUUCUCUCCAUCACCCCUCACCAAAGAACAAUUGAAGACACUCUUCCUUUCAUACUACUCUGUACAAGUCACCGAUUGGCUGGCAUAUCCUCAUUACACCUCAAUGAAAGGAAUCCCUCCUAUAGUUCUACAUGACAAUCUCUAUUAUUUGAAUGGUGUAGAAUGGAUAGCGAGUAGCAUGGAAAUGUCUGCCAUUGCUGCUAAAAAUAUAGCUUUGUUGGGGUAUAAUCGGUGGCACCAACAACUGGAUAAGAUUGAUCAGAAAGACUUGGUGCAUAAAAUCAAAACUGAACUGUAGAGGCCCAAUCAAAUUCUGAUGAAUAUACACAUUGUGUAAUAUACUUGAAUUUGAACUUGCAAUGCCACAGUUGGAACUUAGUAUUUUAAACUGAUUGUUAAGAAAUUAAAUUAAAAAGAUCUUGUUGCUGAUUGCUAACCUGUUCAAUUAACUAUUUCAAAGUUGUGAAAUAUCCAUUUUUUUUUCCAAAUUACUGCCUCAACUGUUUUGUGAUUUCAAAAAGGGAGUUCACACACAAAAUUUAAUAUUUUAAGGAAGAUAGGAAAUGUUUUAGAUUUACCUAUGUCUAUUGGGAGUAUUGUUAAAGCAGAAAAUUCUGGAAAUUCCCAGCACAUUAGGCAGUGGCUGUGGGGAACGAUAAGUUGACUUACAUUUCAAGACAGAAUAUUUAAAGCAACAUGGCAUGGCCUGCAUUUGUUGUCCAUCACUAAUUGCUCUUGUGAAAGUGGUGGUCAACUGGACAGAGUAACAGGACGUCACACCUAGUGACAGUGAAGGAAGGGCAGUACAAUUUCAAGUCUGGAUGGUUUGUGCCUUGGAGAGGAACUUGCAGCUAGUUGUGUUCCCACGGUUCUGCUGUUUUUGUCAUUCUAGGCAGAAGUAAUUGCGGGUUUGGAAGGUCCUGUCAAGAAGCAUUUGGUAAGUUGAUGCUGUCCAUCUUAUACAUGUUGUAUACUGCUGCCAUUGUGAUUGAGGGAGUGAGUGUUUAAAUUGAUACAUAGAUUGCUGAUCAAGCAGGCUGUUUUAUCCUGAGUGGUGUCAAGUUACUUGAAUGUUGCACUCAUCCAGGCAAGUAGAGAACAGUCCAUCCCACUCCUGACUUGUGCCUGGUUUACUGGUGGAUAUACUCUGGGGUGGGGACAUCUGACAGUGAGUUAUUAGCUUCAGAAUUCCAUCCUCUGCUUACACCUCUCAUCACAGAUGCUGCCUAAUCUGUUGAGUAUGUCCAACAUUUCUGGUUUUAUUGUAGUUUUCCUGUAUCAAUUUUCCUGAUUAUUGCUUUUUGUAUCAAGAAUACCUCAGAUAUUUCAAACAUCCUGUUACCUUGAAUUUGUUGUUGGUCUAAGUCCACAUGGAAAUGAUUAUGGAAACUUCUCACUCAAACUAUUAAGAAGCAACCAGGGUACACUGAUUUGUGAAUGAUUUAUCAAAACAAGCAACAGCAACAAGAAGAAAUGCAUUUUUGUUUCAGCUGGUGAUUAGGUUGUGGAAUGCAUUACCUGAGAGUGUAUUAGAGAGGUUUACUCAAGGUCUGCAAAGAGACUCAUUUAAUUAACAAAGUGAACAAAUUUACAGGGGUCCAGGAAACAGAUAGGGACUGGCCUUCUGUGCUGUAGCCAUUCAAUGCUUUUGUAAACUGGUGUACUAUGUAGAAUGACAAGACAGAGAUUCUAUCCCAGGGGAUUCCUUCUAUUCUUCCCAGCUAUACCACUUUAAUUUGCCACUGUGGUUUAAUCUGUACAAUUUCCCAAACACACACAAGCCUGUGAAUUUACAUAAAACAGUGGGGAGGUAAAGUACAUCUUUGAAGGGUACCUAUUUUCCCUUUGGUCUUCUGGGGUGUUGGAAAAUAAAGAGAAAGAUCAGCUGAUGUGAAGUGCAGUUGUGUGUGAACUGGAACUUAAACAAGGAGAACAGUUACCAGCUAAAACAGACAGUGUUCACCUUAUCCCACAAUGAGAAGGCAUGUGAGAAAAUGACAAAAUUAUAUUUGCUUGGGCACGACAUCAGUAAGAAGGUGUGGACCAGUAUAUUUUAUUUUAUAAUAGUCAGUCCGUUCUUCCUAUCAGUUUACUCUAGAGAGAAAUCUUGAGAGGUUUUUUAACUUGGUUGCAUUAGUUCAUCUCUUAAGAGCCUCAAAUUAUACCUUCUGUACAUAUUAUUUUGCACAGUGUUUCUUCAGUUCAAGUUUCAGAUACUAGUAACAUCAGUUUAAAAUUAGAAAGAAGUUGGUGAAAUAUGGAAAAAGCACAAUUUAUAAUUCUACAAUAAUAUUAAUUUAGUUACUUUUCUCAAUUGCCUAAUCAUGCAAAUGAUGUUGCUUUAUCGAUUCUGAUUUGCUAAUAUAUUUCUAUAUCAUGUAAAUAAACUUCAGCUUGAAUAUUCUUUGUGGGAUUGGGCAUGCUUUAUAUAAAUAUGGAUAGCUCGUGGAAGUGAAUGUUAAAGAUAGCCAAUAGAUUUGUUUCUGAAAAGUUCUGCACCAUAAUGUUUAAUGUGAUCCUGAGCCAUCAGAUGGUCACUGAUGGGAAUUCUUUUUGUCACAAACUCAUAGCUGGUUUAACAUUUGGGAUGCUGGAAGGUUUAUUUUUUCUGGACAGUCUGGGAUAGAGCAAAUCUUACAAGUUCUGCUCAAAGGCAGGUCCAACACACAGCAUUCCUGUUGGAAUUAUAUGUUUCAAUAUGGAGCCACUGCAUUGUCUGACUUGACUGAUGUACCAAUGGCCAUUUAGCUUCCGUGAUGAUAGCUAUGCAUAAACAAGACACCAGAGGAUUCAUACCAUGUGUGGGAUAACUUCUCACUGUUGUGAAAUAAGGGGACACAAAAAAUUCUGUACUGAAAAUUAGAAAGUGAAUUUGAAGGGGUAAAGUGAACAGGGAAAUUGCCUAUCGAUCAUUGCAUUCUCGGAAAGUGAAUCAUGAAAUAGUAAAUAUUUUACACACUGACAACUCUAACUGCAGAAAUUGGUCAAUCUCCACAGUAGUUUUUAAAAAGGCUUUUGCUGAGUAAAUGGAUAAGAUUUCACCUUGAAAGCACUUCAUGAUUUUUUAACUUUUACAUCCAAUGAAUGUUAACAUUUUAUGCGAAUAUUCUGUGAAUCUUGGUAGUACAACCUGUUGUUAUAUUUUCUAAUUUUGCACAAAUGACCAUUGAGAAGAUACAAUGUGCCAUUCUCGUGUUGGUAUAUUUACAUAUUACCUGAAUGCUGCCGCACUGUUCGUAAGAGUGCUAAUAUGGUUUAGUAAAGUAAAACAAAUGCUGAAAAUAAUGUAUCUACAUAGCUAAUGUUGGAAACAAAAGAUCUUCACAUUAUAAUUUGUGUUUUAGUAAAGGUUCCUUCAGAGUGACAGUAUUUCCACUGUGAUUAUGUGUUUAUGAUUUGGAGAUAUAAUUCUGUGGUGUAUUAUAAUUAAUUCGAUGGUUUUGUUUUAUGAAAGGACCAGAAAUAUUGCAAAGAAUUUUCUGAUAAUUAAAAUAGAUUGUUUUUCUUUUCUUGUAAUGAACUAUGAUGUCAGGAUUCUGUUUUAUUACAACAAAGUGCUGAAUAAAAUUGCAUUAGUAAGGGGAAUAAUCCAAAAGUUAAUUUUCAAUCUCUUGCAAAUUCUGUUGAAACCUGCAGAAUAUUUCUUCCUGCUUGUGAGUAUGGUCUGUUCAAUUCACCACCAUGUAACAGUCUGCAAAUGUUCAAAGACUGGCUUUGCUAAUGGGAUUUGCCUUUGAAGACUUUGCUUCUUGUAUUCUAAGCCUAUCAUUCAAAUAAAGCUGACUGAUUGUGGA